AUGACUCGAUACUUUUCAACCACGUCCGGAAUCUACUCUGAUGAGACGUUUGACUUCGGUCCGCGCGGCGACCUCGCGUACGACGCCGUCGGUCCGCUCCUCCUCAACGUCGGCUGCUUCCCGGACGCUUCCUCCGCGCGCGCCUUCUUCCAAACCCUAGCCGCCAGGUUCGGCGACGCGCAUGCCGCAGCCUCGGCGGAGAACGUGCGGAGCCUGGGGGCGCCGAUGCGCAUGGGGGAGGGCAUGGCGGAGCAGGCGAUGCUGGGGGAGGGGAAGACGGGGGUGAUUCAGGCGGUGGCGGCGGAGGGGGAGGAAGAGUCCAUGUAUUUCGUGACGGAGCGCGAUCUGCGCAAGCUCGAGCGGAACAAGCGCAAGGAGGAGCGCCAGCGCAUGGACGCGUACGAAGCACACGUGAAGGAGAGCGAGGCCAUUCUGUCGUCCAUGCCACUGGUGACGGUGUCGCACGGGGGCGAUGGCACGGAGGGCGGGGCGAGGGACAUCCAUCUCAGCAACUUCACCGUCACCGUGGCGGGGAAAGAUCUUAUCAGCGAUACCUCCAUUACUCUGGCUUUUGGGCGACGAUACGGGCUGAUUGGGCGCAACGGGACAGGAAAGACCACCCUGUUAAAGCACAUGGCGAUGCAUGCGAUCGACGGCAUUCCGCGCUCGUGCCAGGUGCUGCAUGUGGAGCAGGAAGUGGUGGGGGACGAUACCUCCGUCCUUCAGUGCGUGCUCAGUGCUGACCUUGAACGCACCGCACUUCUAGAGGAAGAGAAGCAGCUUCUAGCGAGGAAAACUGGCGGGGAGGAUGGGGAGGCGGCCGGGGAGGGGGAGGGGAAGAAGCGGGAUGGGGGAGGGGCGGAGGCGGGUGCAGGGGAGGAUGAGGCGGCGGCGAAACGGUUGGCGGAGGUUUACAAGCGGUUGGAAGAGAUUGAUGCGUACUCUGCUGAGUCACGAGCUGCUUCCAUCCUUGCUGGUCUGAGCUUCAGCAAGGACAUGCAGAACCGAGCCACGCGGACCUUUUCAGGAGGGUGGCGCAUGCGAGUGUCGCUCGCCCGCGCUCUCUUCAUCCAACCCGACCUGCUGCUGCUGGAUGAACCCACGAACCAUCUCGACUUGCACGCAGUGCUCUGGUUGGAGGACCAUCUGCUGACGUGGCCCAAGACGCUGGUGGUGGUGUCCCAUGCGCGCGAGUUCCUCAACACUGUUGUCACGGACAUUGUUCACCUGCACAACCAGAAGCUCACCACCUACAAGGGCAACUACGACACGUUUGAGAAGACGCGCAACGAGCGCAUCCGCAAUCAGAACAAGGCCGCCGAGGCCAACGACGCCAAGCGCGCUCACAUCCAGGCCUUCAUUGACAAGUUCCGCUACAAUGCAAAGCGUGCGUCCCUCGUGCAGUCGCGAAUCAAGGCGCUGGAGAGAAUCGGCACUGUGGAUUCUGUGGUGGCAGAUCCCGAGUACCGAUUUGAGUUCCCCACACCUGAAGACCGGCCGCAGGCGCCCAUCAUCAGCUUCACCGACGUCAACUUCGGCUACCCCGGCGGGCCGUUGCUCUUCAAGAAUCUCAACUUCGGCAUUGACCUAGACAGCAGACUCGCCAUCGUGGGCCCCAACGGCAUAGGCAAGACCACGCUGCUGAAGCUCAUCUCAGGCGAGCUCAAGCCCACCUCAGGCACUGCCUUCCGCUCCCCCAAGGUGCGCAUGGCAGUGUUCGCGCAGCACCACGUGGACGGGCUGGAACUUUCCAAGUCGCCUCUGCUCUACAUGGCGCACUCCUUCCCGGGAGUACCGGAGCAGAAGCUGAGGGCGCAUCUGGGCUCCUUUGGCCUGGGAGGCAACCUGGCGCUGCAGCCCAUGUACACACUCUCAGGAGGGCAGAAGAGCAGAGUGUCAUUCGCUAAGAUCACGUUCCACAAGCCACACAUUCUGCUGCUCGACGAGCCCUCCAACCAUCUGGACAUCGAUGCAGUGGAGGCGUUGAUUCAGGGCCUUGCUCUCUUCCAAGGCGGUGUUCUCAUGGUGAGUCACGAUGAGCAUCUGAUCAGUGGCAGUGUGGACCAGCUGUGGGCGGUGGACAAGGGAGUGGCCAAGCCCUUCUCCGGCACCUUCAAGGAGUACAAGCGCUCCAUCAAACACUGA